GCAGGAAUGGCCUGAGCCGGCAUGCAUCGUGAUGUGAUUCUUCAGGCAUACAGAAAAGCCAACUUCUCAGACACCACCUGUUGUUGACUACUUGAUGGACCCCGACGCGCGAUCAACAACCCUCCACCACAUGGCAGACGCACUGCUGCCUCCCAGCGACUGACCGAGCCUGCCUGGAACACCUCACCCUCGCCCUCCACCCAGGCAGCGUCAUCACCAUGGACCGCGCGGAAGAUGGUCCCGACACGACGUCGAUCAAGCCCAUGUCGUCGCUGCGCGCCAAAUUCGAGAGUAUGGGCAAAGAGCAGGAUGCUAUAACAACAACGCCAGUGGGCGCCGGUCCUGCCAUGCUGGGCGUGAACGGGACAACACCUCCGAGCCGUCCGACGAUCGCAGAGGGAGGGAGAAAGAGUGCGGAUCUGGGCGCGAGACCCGUUGUUGCGCCUGCUCGUCUGCAGAGGUCUGUCAGUCCGGCGCACAGGCCUCAGUCCAUGGCCUCUGUCACUCCCACGAAACCCUCCCCGCCGCUGCUCAAGAUCAACUCGCCUCGAUCACCGCACAAGACGAGCUCGUUGGACCUCCGUACGGCAACUGGCAGUCCGUAUGUGGCCCCUCUCACACCGGACCGUACUGGCGAAUCGGCUAGCAAAGGUCACGCGAGGGCUAUCAGCAGGGCUACAACUCCUGCUCUGGAGGCACGCAUGAGCGCAUUCUUACAAGCUGCCGACCUGCCCAAGACACCCGCGGCUGAAGAUAUUCCUCCGCCUCCACUUCCAGGCAAUAAGCCGAAAUCUGACACCAAACCAGAGACUGCCACUGGACCUCCCGCAGUCAAUCGAGCGGCGAAACCGAAAGUGCCUGUCAAGCCACCAGUUCUGGCGAAGAAGUCGAGUAACCUGACAGCCCCCGAAUCGAAAGCAGAAGCUACCGAGAAGACUCCCUCGCCUUUCACAACACCUCCAAGCAGUGGCCAGUCCUCACCUGCCAGGUUUCCAGGCCAGAAUGGGCACCAACGGAACGUUGGAGGCUCUCACACUUCAGCUGUGAAUCGCAUCCGAGCCGACUCGGAUGCUUCCUGGGUACAGCGGAUACGCGGAGAUUCGGAUGCCUCGAUGACAGAGCGUGGCCGAGCCGAAUCCAAUGCGUCAAGCGCAUCAUUCGUGGAGCCGUCUUCCUUGCCCGACAACUGGUUUCCGCGGCCAAAUGGGCCUCCUGCGCGGGAGCAAGAACCUAAGUCCAUCCAGCGAGCCCCUACAAUGCCUGCGAGGUACAGAGACAUUAACCGCGGGGAGGCAAGAUCGUCGGAGAACCUCCAGGACCAUUCUAACCGGAUGCCCGCCAGGCCUGAGUUGCAGACGAGAUCAGGCCGGACGAGUCCCCCGAAACCUCGAUCUGGAAGAACUAGUCCACUCAAACAGCAAAUGCUUCCACCAAAGCGAUCUGUGGAUGCACUAAGACGAGCACCAAUCAAACCCGAACCUGACACUGUAAAUCGCAUAUCUGCGAUACCUGCGAUGAAGAUCAACACAAAAUCAGCGCUAUCGCAAGGGUUCAGCACUUCAACGGCAUCACCUGCUUCAGCGACUCCUACCGGGCCUCCUGCAAUACCUGCACCCCGGAGAUCCGUCGAUGCGAGAAGGUCACUCGACACAAGACGAGGGCCGCCUCCUCCACCGCCCCCUGCCGUAAUUCAUCGUGGACAGGACGAUCAAGAGGAGGUCAUUCCGCCUUCUAGCAGCGAGCAAGGAAUGGCAUUUUCGGAAUACCCCGACGGAACAAGGGCAAACCGACGGGCCCCUAAAUUCAAGUCGAGACCCUGGCAGAUUCCGACCGAGUAUGAUACACGCCUGUUUGCUGUCUGUGGUGAGAUCAUAUGUACCACUGGAUAUAUUACCAAAGUGUGGAAUUUUCAAACCGGAGAACAAUUGCUGCACAUGGAACAUCGAGAGAACAUCAAGGUCACUUCAGUCGUAUUCAAGCCAUCUCCCGCUAUCGAGGGCGAGGGCAACCGCAUUUGGAUUGGAACAAAUUCUGGCGACAUUCACGAAAUUGAUGUGCCUUCAGAGCAAAUUGUCAAAUCGAGAUCUGCUGCUCAUACACGAAGAGAGGUGAUACGCAUGUUCCGUUAUGCAUCAGAGCUGUGGACUUUGGAUGACAGCGGUGAGCUUUUGGUGUGGAAGCCAGGGAAUAAGGGCAUGCCGAGUCUGGAUUCCCAAUACAAUAACUGGCGAGUCCCAAAAGGACACACAUUCUCGAUUGCUUGCGGGAAACAGCUUUGGAUAGCAACGGGGAAGGACAUCCGAGUUUUCGCGCCCGGAGCACUUUCAGAUGCUGAAUUUCAGCUGACGCGACAACCUUUGUCACAACCAGGAACUGGAGAUGUGACUGCUGGGGCCGCUCUCGACCAUCGCCAGGAGCUCAUAUAUUUUGGACACUCCGAUGGGAAGGUCAGCAUAUACAACAGGCGUGACUUUUCGUGUCAGGCCGUGGUGAACGUGAGUGUCUACCGCAUUGCCUGCAUGGCUGGCGUUGGCGAAUAUCUCUGGGCUGGCUAUAGCACAGGUAUGGCUUAUGUCUAUGACACGUCAACGACUCCUUGGGUCGUGAAAAAGGACUGGAAGGCGCACGAGAAGCAGAUCUGCAGCAUAAUCGCCGACCCUUCUGCUAUGUGGAAGAUGGGUCGUUUAAAUGUGAUCACACUGGGUCUUGACAACCUGUUACGAAUCUGGGACGGGAUGCUGCAAGAGGACUGGCUCGAAGCACGUAUGCAAUCGCGCGACUCCGAGUUCUGCAACUUUCGGGAGCUCACAGCAGCGGUGCUUACUUGGAAUGCAGGUGCCAGCAAACCAAGCCACUUAUCACAUACGAAAGAAGAUAAUAACUUCUUCCGAGAUUACCUUACUGCUCGCGAGGCGCCAGACAUCUUUAUCUUCGGCUUCCAAGAACUUGUCGAUUUGGAAGACAAGAAAGUUACGGCGAAGUCAUUCUUCAAGAGUAAGAAGAAGGAGCCCGACGAGCAGCAGCACAUGUCACAUCAGUACCGUGCGUGGCGAGACUACCUGGGUAAAUGUCUUGACGAUUUCAUGCCUACCAACACAAGUUACACACUGCUUCAUACGGCGAGCAUGGUGGGCUUGUUCACAUGCAUCUUUGUGAGAUCCACGGAACGAAAUCGAAUACGCAAUGUGCAUGCAUCGGAGGUCAAACGUGGCAUGGGUGGUCAUCAUGGUAACAAAGGCGCUAUCAUUGUUCGCAUGGUUCUUGACGACAGCAGUAUUUGUAUGGUCAAUUGCCAUCUGGCGGCUGGGCAGACGCAAACCAUGCAUCGCAACAAUGACAUCGCCGAGAUCCUGGAGUCGAGCACACUGCCGUCUUAUCCGCUUAACUCUAGCGAGACGGCUGAGCACAGCGAUGUCUUCGCGUCUGGCGGCGAUGGUAGCAUGGUCAUGGAUCACGAGAUUUGCAUCUUGAAUGGAGACCUCAACUACCGCAUCGAUACGAUGGGCCGUGACAGUGUGAUCAAACACAUUCAGCAAGGCAAUCUCGCCAGACUACUCGAGCGCGAUCAACUUCUUCUUAGCCGAAGGAAGAAUCCUGGAUUCCGUCUACGAGCUUUCCAAGAGAACACGAUCAAGUUCGCGCCCACUUACAAAUACAAUGUUCAUACUGACGAAUACGACACUUCGGAGAAGCGCCGAUCUCCGGCUUGGUGCGAUCGGAUUCUGUAUCGCGGGCUGGGCAAAGUGAAGAUGGAGGAGUAUCGAAGAUGGGAUCAGAUCCGAGUAAGCGAUCACCGGCCCGUGAGUGGGCGGCUACGGCUGCGCGUGAAAACUGUCGAUCCGGAUAAGCGAGAGAUCAUUUGGGACAAGUGUGUGAAGGAGUAUGAGAGUGUGCAGCAGCGAAUCGCGAGGACUGCGCAACUCGAAUACCUCACCAACACACUUGGUCUUUCUCAGAAAGAGGCUGUGGCUGCGCUGCAAGGAACGUAGGCGGCUGAGCACUCUGUUGUAGAUAUCUCACGUGUUUUGAUGAUGAUAUCAUUUCUUCUUUCUGAGCUAUGCUCGAAAGUAUUUCUACAAACUCCACUGAUUCCCGCAUUGCUCAAGCGAAUUUUCAUUCUACGUGGCUGACUCUGGUAGAGGUUCGCUGAGAUGACCGGCUCGACGAGAAGCAAAACUACGGUGCAGCCGGAGCACCACCGCCGCCUCGACCGAAUGGAACUUGAGAACCUCCGUAAACGCUUCCGGCACCAGCAGAGUUUGGAGCUCUCGAACUUGCACUUCGCCUCGAGCCUGAUGUCCUAGAACCUGAUGUUCUAGAACCUGAAGUCGUCGAGCCUGCACUCGCGGAACCCGAUGAUCCAGAUCCCAUACCUAACCCCACGCCCUGUCCUCCUUGAAACGGAAUGGACAUGGUCAUACCUGGCAUACUCAUAAACAUGCCACCACCAGCUCCCGUCAUCGGAUUUGGCAUGGCGAUUUGCUGGAUUUGACCAAAAUUUACGCUGCUUCCGCCCGGAAAUACACUAUUGUUUCCUCUGCCACGGCCACCAUUUGACACAAUCGUUAUUCCGCCGCGGCCGGGGCUUCCAAUUUGCAUG